UAAAAGAAAGAUAGAAUAAAUAAAUAAUAAGCUUUUAUAUUUAUUGGAACAGUAGUAAAUAUAUUAGAUAGAUAAAUAAAUAAAUAAUAUAAUUUUAACUCAAUAAUUCAUUUUAAAAAUCAAAGUGGUUUUUUAUUUUAAUAACUAAAAAUGUAGAGUUAAAUACAAACAAAUAUUUCUACAAUAUCUUCUUAAAAUAAUUUUGAUUAUUUUCAAAUGGUAGAAAGCAAUAUCAGAAAAGAUAAUAACUCUCUUGUAUCUGAGAAGUCAAAAAAGUAUAUAUUAGCUAAAGAUAUUAAGAAGUAUGAAAACGAAUAAAAACUUACAUAAACAACUGAUCAGUAAAAUUCUUUAUUAGGUACUUCUGCUGCUUUUACAGAUAGAUCGAAUUACUUUUCGGUAGAAUAAAAGAAUGAUAAAGUUAAUACCUAUAACUCUAUAAUAGGACUUAAGGGCAUUCAAAAUCAAAAUAAGCAACCAAUAUAAAAUCAAAAAAAUUUUCUUUCUCCUUUAGAUGUGUAAAAAAAUAGAGUUCUGACUAUUGGAGGAAGUACAGAUGUCAAAAAGACCGUAUCUUUGACAGUAACUCAAGGGAAUAUUUAGAAAAAUUCAGAAAAGAAAGGUUUAGGAGAAGAUUCAAAUAAUUUAAGUGUUAAAAAUAGUUUAUAGUCUUGCAAACAAGAUACAGCAUUUCAAGUAAGUAAGUUCAUAGGUCCAAAUCCCUUAACUCAAGAUGAUCGCACAAAAGAGAAAAAUAUUUUCCUUGAGAAAAAUAAUCCUAUAAAUCAUAGCAUGUAUAAAGAAUUUAAUGUAGGGCCUCGCAUAGAUAAUAGUGGAAAGCUAGUAAAUUAUACAUUAGUUGGAUAACCUUAAUGGUAUAUGAAACAAAAGGAAAUGCAAGAAAAAUAAUUAAGCAAAGCACGCAGAGCUUCAUAGUUUUAAAAAGAAUCUUUCUCAAAGGGAGAAGAUGAAAAUAAAAGUGCAAUUAAAAGAUAAAUGUUUUAGACUAAAAACAGUAGUAGUGAGUAUAAUCAAAAUAACUCAUUUGCGAAACUUUCAAUUCAUACUGAUAAAUCUUUUGUAAUGAGACCUGAUACAACAUAAAGUGUAAUUAAGCAAUAAGUCCAACCAAAAAAGAAAACAAUGAAAAGAAACGAAUCAUAAAUUGAAGUUUCUAAAGAUGAUCUUCUUAGAGAUAUAAAACUAAUAGAAGAGAGACACCAACAGUCAACUCUAAUGGAAUAAAAAUUAAUUAAUGACAUGCCACUAGAAUAAAAAAAUAUAAUAACAAGAGAAGAAAGGGUUUUAGAUAAUUAUUAAAAGCAUUUACAUGAUUGGGAUAAAUAAAUAAAAUAGCUAGCUAUCCUUAGUUAAAGAUAACCUACAGAUUCUUGUAUGCUACGAGGAGAAUAACACAGAAGAAAAGUGGAAUAUGCAUAGGCUUUUGAUAACCUUAAAACAGAGGAUGAGAGGUUUGGUAAAAGAAUAUGGUACAUGUAUUUAAGAAAGUAUCCAAAAGAUAAAAAACAAGAAUAAGAUGAUUAAAAACCUCAUAAGAGGACAUAUACAGAAGACAUAAAUAAAAAGAGCAAUGAUGAAGACCCUGUUUAAGUAAAGAAGUCAAAAGUUGUAUUGAAUCUUCCUAGCAUAGAAGAUUAAUAUGAAAGGAAUAAAUAAAAAGUAAAGCUAAAAGAUUUAAUUGACACAAAAGAAAAUACUUAAUCUGAUAUAUUUAGUGGAUUUAUGACUGUCACUAUUUUUGAUUAAAAUAAAGAAAUAGAAGUAAUUAGAAAUGCACAAGAUCCAAAUAAUUUUCACUUAUCUUCCUCGAGCGCAUUUUCUGCUUACAAAAGAACUUCAAGCCAGUUUUAUAUUGAAAGCAAAGUCAGAGAGAGCUAACAAAAACUAAAAGGAAAAAUGGUCAUUCUCGAAUAACCCAUAAAUGAUUUUAUUGUUGUAGGAAAAAAUAAGUUUGAGGAAGAAAAAAAAUAAGUUCUACAAAGUAAAAAUAAACAGUUUAUCAAAAUGGUUUAAGGAUAGCCUGAGGAAUACACAGCUAAUAAGAGGUAUUCCAUGCAAUCAUCUCAAUCAAAGGAUAAUUUUCAUACUAUGCCAAUACCUUAAAAGUAGAAUAAUUAUGAAAUUAUAUCAUAGGAUUAUAAUAUAAAUGAGCUCUCUCGUUCUGGUUAGUACUUUUUUCCAAGUUUUAUUGAAAAGUUAGAAAAAGUUUCUACAAAAAUAGCAUCAUGAC